AUGUCCUGCUGCGGAGGAGGAAACAGCUACUCCGUGACCUGCUACAGCAGCCCCAAGUGCUGCAAGAGGCCCAUGUGCUGCUCGCCCAUGCAGUGCUGCAGCCCCUGCUGCACCCCCUGCUGCAUGCCCAUGCAGUCCUGCUGCAUGCCCAUGACCUGCUGCUACACCAUGAGCAGCAACAACAACGGCUGCUGCGGCGGCAACAACGGCGGCUGCUGCGGCGGCAACUGA